UGCCUUCACUGCAUUGCUUCAGGAAAAUGGUCAAUCGCCUACUGCAUUUAACGGGCUCUUUCCACGCGUCAUCCGAGACUGGCCGCUCGGCGACCCGUGAUCCGGAGUUUGAAGAAGCCGUACUAGCCGUGCAGCCAACCCAAGGACUACCACGCGAACCUUACCACAUGCAACGUACGCCCGAGCUAAUUCCUGCUUACCUCGUGUGGCAUUCUGAGAAUGGUACCGAGUUCAAGUGGAAAGCUCACCAGACUUUGCUUCGAAAGUGUUGUGGACAGAUGAAGCGGCAGGUCUGUGCAUCGAACGGGGAUGACGACAUUUCGAACCUUUCUUGUAAAACUCGCCGACGUGCCGCCGACUCGGAUUGUUCCAAUCGGCCGCCGACUCCUUUUGACGUUGCCGCCAAAGCCGCCGCCCGCUCGAAUUUCGUACCUAUCGCGGCCGUGCGAGCGUCACGAGUACCAGGCGACCAGGACGCGCUAGGAGAUUUGUGUAGUGCCAAUAUUUGAGUGGAUUAAGAACAGUGACCUCAAUAGUGCUGUGCCGUGUUUUUUACAUGCUGGAAAUAUUAAAAUAUUUUUUUAACUGAAAUUUAAAAAAAUAUCAAAAGUGUUUUUUUUUAAUUGAAAUUUUGCAGAUAAGAUCUACAUAAGGUAU